AUGCGUGGGACCGUCAUCAACAAGCUGAAUGGUUCGAAGAAAUUCUUCAGUCUGCUUUUUCUUCUCUUGUGUUCAACGCUACAACGAGCGCUUGGCGAUGACUCAGACUUAGUCCCUGAACUCUGCGAUCUCAGGGACCAGCCGAUGUAUUGCAAGUGCGAGAAUAAACACAUCGGCAAGGACGACGUCGAAAUCACCUGCUUUGUUGUGAGAAAUCUCACAGAAGAUCACGUUGUCUUUAAAGCCUUCCAGAAUCAGCCAUCGAUCGUUUCGAUUGCCUUCAGCACGUUCCGUAGUGACUACCAUCUCCACUUUGUUCCGAGAGAAGCACUGCGUUCCGCGGCGCCUGCCCUGGAGAGCCUCAAGUUCACUCAAGCCAACCUUGGCUCGCUUAAGACUCACUCCUUCUACAACCUGCCUAAACUAAAGACGCUAUCUCUCGACUCAAACGACAUUACCGACUUAGAAAAGGAGUCCAUUGCCGACUUGCCUCACCUCACAAAACUGGAGAUGGGCGACAACAAGCUCGUCAAGCUCCCUGCUCACGCCCUCUCGCGUCUGUCGGCACUGACGCACCUGUUCCUAGAGCGGAACCAGAUAAAGAGCAUCGAAGACACGGCCUUCGCUGACUUGGGUGCGCUAAAAGAACUGGACCUGAGCGACAACAUGAUCGUACAUCUGACUGAGGGCACAUUCAAGGGCCUCGACCAUCUGGAACGGCUGGACAUGUUCCGGAACAAGCUGCAGAGGUUGGACGCCCGGGUCUUCAGCGGGACGCCGGCGCUCGUGGAACUGGACCUCAAAUACAACAAGGUUUCGGAGGUGGACCCGCUGGCCUUCGAGGGAUUGCCGCGCCUCAAGAAGUUCUACUUCUCUCACAACCGGCUGCGGAUCUUACCGGCGAACAUGUUCUUAGGGGCGCCGAACCUGCUUACCGUGGACCUGUCGCAGAACCAGCUGCUCACGCUUACCUGGAGGACUGUCCAGGACUUGAGGAAGAUUGACGCCGAGUCCUUCGACAUGAGCCUCACCGGUCAGUGCUUUUUGAAUGGUCUUUUGCGAGAACGGCGGUUCGGGCUUUGGUUCAGAAGCAUGUUGCAACUAGGAGUGAAAUACCGUUUUGAAAACAACUAA